GAGAGAGAGAGAGAGAGAGAGAGAGCUGGUCUCAGACUUGUCUUCUCCAUACAGUCAGAGUGAACUGCGGGGGCAGACGGAGUGGAUUGCGGCAGUCCUCGACAGCGGAAAGAGCCUCAACCAGGGUUUUAUAUCGAGCUGUAUCGACGCACAACUCACGCGUUUGUUUCAUUUUUGCCUGCUUCUUUUUUGGAUUCGGCUAACGGAACUUUUCGCUUACUCUGGAGUUUGGAGAGCCCCCCCCCACCCCCCACCCUGCUCCCACCCUGGAUAUGGACAGUCGGCGACCCGCUGCAGGGAGCGACUGGCCGGUGGACACUCAGUAGUCGCUGGAGUAAAACCUGUAAAUUCGCCUUCUGGGACUUUAACUGGAUGUUUCAUGAAGCGCUUCGCAAUUUUGGUCAGUUGUGGGACACCGUGGAUUGACCAGGUUCAGAAACGGAAAGACACUGGUGUUUUCCUGUCGACGACAAGAAGGAUUUACGCUUCUAAAGUUGCAGGAAAAACAUGGAGACUGUAAGUCGGCAGAGCUUCCAGCCUCAUCCGGGACUGCAACAAACUCUCAAGCAGUUUCAGCACAGCUCUAUGAGCUCUCUGGGCGGACCGGCGGCUUUCUCUGCCCGGUGGCAACAUGAGCUUCUCUUCAAGAAGGACGGCAAGGAGCCCGAACCGGUUCUGCAGCAUCUGCCGCCACCGGUGAUGCCGGGCCCGCUGUUCAUCCCGUCGGACCGCUCCACGGAGCGGUGCGAGACGGUUCUGGAGGGCGAGACCAUCUCGUGCUUCGUGGUCGGCGGGGAGAAGCGCCUGUGCCUUCCGCAGAUCCUCAACACGGUGCUGAGGGACUUCACCUUGCAGCAGAUCAACUCCGUGUGCGACGACCUGCACAUCUACUGCUCCCGGUGCACGGCGGACCAGCUGGAGAUCCUCAAAGUCAUGGGGAUCCUGCCCUUCUCGGCCCCGUCCUGCGGCCUCAUCACCAAGACGGACGCCGAGCGGCUCUGCAACGCCCUGAUCUACGGAGGCGCCUACCCUCCGCGCUGCAAGAAGGAGCUGACCGGAGGCUCCCUGGAGCUGGAGCUCACCGAGAGGAGCUUCAAAGUGUACCACGAGUGUUUCGGCAAGUGCAAGGGCUUGCUCGUGCCGGAGCUGUACAGCAGCCCGAACGCAGCGUGCAUCCAGUGCAUGGACUGCAGACUCAUGUACCCGACGCACAAGUUCGUGGUGCACAGCCACAAGGCACAGGAGAACAGGACUUGCCACUGGGGCUUCGACUCGGCCAACUGGAGGGCGUACAUCCUCUUGGGCCAGGAUUACUCUGGGAAAGAGGAGAAGGCCCGUUUGGAGCAGCUCCUGGACGAGAUCAAGGAGAAAUUUGACUUCGCAAACAAGUACAAGAGGAAAGCUUCGUCCAGGGCGUCUGAUCCCGUCCCAAUGAAAAAGCCCAAACAUGAAGACUUCCCCUCGCAGUUCCUGCUGGCUGACAAGGAGAAGCAGCACGACUGGCUACAGUCCCUCACCUCCAAUAAGGGGUUUAACGGCUUGCAGCCACGGCAGAGGCCUUCAGCUUUCAGACCCUGGUCCCCCCACAUCUCGGCCGGGGAGAAGGAGCCCUCCAGUCACCCCCUGGCCCUGCUGAGAGACAGCUUCUACAACUACAAGAGCCUGGAGAAAGCUGUGGCCCCUAACGUCGCCCUCACACCCCAGCUCCUGGGGAAUGUGGGUCCCAUGUCCCCGUCGGUACCCAGCACCUCCCAUCCAAGUGGAGGUGAACCCCCAGGCGAGGGCGCCAACUCCAACUCCAGCUCCAACUCCAGGCCUCACAAGAGGAGAGCCACAGGGGAGCUCCUGGCUCGAGCUCCAGAGGACCCCUGUCCUCCGUCCUCUACUGCCAGUAAGCUACUGCCUCCGGCGCCACCACCCCCGCCGCCACCCCCACCUCAGGACGACAAGGACUCCGAGGUGGAGAUCGAAGUGGAGAGCCGCGACGAAUUCACUUCGUCCCUGUCCUCCCUGUCGUCCCCAUCUUUCACCUCGUCCAGCAGCUCAGCCAAGGACUUGAGCUCGCCGGGCGCCAAGGGGCCCGUCUGCACGGUCACGUCGGCCGAGGCCCCUGCGGCCGCACACGCCGCAGCCCCCGUGACCCCUUCGGAGCUGGGCCUGGAGUCGGAGCUGGAGAGCCUGAGGCAGGCCCUGGACACCGGACUGGACUCCAAAGAGUCGAAGGAGAAGUUUCUGCACGAGGUGGUUAAGAUGAGGGUGAAGCAGGAGGAGAAGUUGGGAUCAGCCCUGCAGGCCAAACGCAGCCUCCAGCAGGAGUUGGAGUUCUUGCGGGUGGCAAAGAAGGAGAAGCUGCGCGAGGCGACGGAGGCCAAGCGGAACCUCAGGAAGGAAAUCGAGCGCCUGCGAGCCGAGAGCGAGAAGAAAAUGAAGGAGGCCAACGAGUCGCGGGUCCGUCUGAAGCGAGAGCUGGAGCAGGCCCGGCAGCUCCGGGUGUGCGAUAAAGGCUGCGAGGCCGGGCGGCUCCGCGCCAAAUACUCGGCACAGAUCGAGGACCUCCAGAUGAAGCUGCAGCACGCCGAGGCCGACCGCGAGCAGCUCCGAGCCGACCUGCUGCAGGAACGGGAUGCCAGGGAGCACCUGGAGAGGGUGGUGAAGGAGCUACAGCAGCAACUCUGGCCCAAAUCCAGCAGUGACAAGGAGGGGACGCCCAGGGACACGCACGCCGACAAGUGACCCAGCAGCCAACCUCACCACCCAAACCCUCCGCCCACAUGGCCACGAUAGAGACUGAGCCCAUCGCUUUCCGCUCUCCAUCGACAUGUAUUGGGCAAAGUCGCCUCCUUGUCAAUUCCAUCUGCUAGCAAACACCAGAAGAAUGCCUAAAAGCUGCUGUGUGGUGGGACGCACAACCAACAGUGUGUAAACCCCAUAACUUUAUACAUGCUGCUGACUAAGGACCGAGCCGUGCAUCGUAAAUCGGGUAAAAUCCAUUUAAAUGUGUAAAGAUUCCAACUGGUUGAGAUAAAAAACAAACAAAAGCAAGUUAUGUGAGCCCGCCGUUAGCUCUUAACGUUGGCUGGCUUAAACGCGGGUAAAGUGCUGAAAAAAGUGUGUCUGUACUUUACUGGAAAGGAUUCCAACAGCGAGACGUGCAACAGUCUGCAGCUAAAGACACAGAGAAGUACUGCCGCUGUCGGAUAAAUAACAGGGACGGGACUUAAGUAUUACGGCUCCGUAAGCUUGUGUUGCGUUUAAUGUUAAUGUAAAAUACCCCUCUGUCAUGUAGUGUUUCUUUUCUUUUGUGUUUCUUUUAAAAAGGGGACACAUCUGCUGUUUGGGAGUUUUAUAUAAAUAAAGGGAUAUUUUUCAGUCAUUUCAUUCUUUUAACAACAACUGUGGGAACUUGAGAUCGUGAAUCGAAUCGUGAGUUAAGUAUAUAACGACAUACAUCCCUACUGUAACUGAACCUGAAAACAUAUACUUAUCAAGUUAAAUAUUCAAAUGUCGGUUUAGGCGAACUAAAUGUCGGGACAUACCGUUAGCUUAGUGUCAGGAUCCCACCGUCUCUCUGCUGAUUCUUCACGUCUGGAUCCACUUUCGUCUUCAUAAAAAUCGGCUUUUGGGUCGGCACCUUGUAAAACCUUAAGUCAUGAGUUCUUCACAUCGUUGGAAGUUGACAGCAGCACACGGCAGCUUUUAGGGAUGUUUUUAGUUGUUUGCUAUCAGACGGAGUCGAGGAGGAGGAAACCUGUCUGCAAUACAAAUCAACGGAGAGCGGAGAGUUCCUCCUUUCCCCCUCCGGUGGGGGGGCGGGACUUAAAUGCUCUUUGUCUCUAUCCCCAACGUCUUCUGCCCAAAUCAGACCAUAAACACACCUGGAUGUGUCUGGGCACCGCUGUCAAUCAGACCACCCGGAUAAGACGCUCGCCCUCCGACCAGAGACAAAAUAAAGAGGAAGAAAAGCCGAGUGCCCCCCCCCCCCGCUCUCAUCCAUGUCCACGAAAAGUCAAGUGAGUGGUUUCCGUGGAAAAUGACCGAAACGGCAAAAGUACAACGCUUCAACAAGGAAACGGGUGUUUCUCUAAAUCAAGCACUGACUCGCACCUUCCAAACUCACAGAACUACAAAAAACAACAACAACAUAACGUGAUUCUCAAGAAUGAAAGACAAAAACCAGACGUCAAAGCACAAACUGGGGCCGUGUCUGGGUUUUUUCUCCCAUCAAGAAAGCAAACGACGGACCCUCACAGCCCCCCCCCCCCCCCAUAAAAAGUAUCGGCCACCCACCGUCCCUCGCCGUGACGAAGAUAAAGGACUUGGAAGACCUUCUCAGCUAUUUAAGAGACUACAUAGCGAAGUGUUAGAGAGACGGUGUCUCCGGUUCUCUCUGUGCUGUCGAAGUUUUAAAAACAAAAACAAAAAAAUCUAUGAAAAAAAAGACACAAGUAAAAACAGAAGAUGAACAAAAACAAAGCAAAUGAACUUUCCACAGUGCCACCGUGGUUUUGUCGGUUUUUCAGGAAGCCAUCGCCGUCCACCGAGGCGCGGGGGGGUGGGGGGUGAAACAUCCAGUUCAAAGUUCACGCGAGCCCUCUUUUCCUCCCAUUGUUCUUUAUGAAAUCACUUCUUUCUAACUUCUCCGUGCGGCAGGCACUAGAUUGAUCUGUUCUCUCUCUCUGGCUCCAGCCCUGGAUUGGGAAUUAGAUUUUUUCAAAAACAACAACAAAAAACAUGCUGUGUUUAAAAAGGCACUCUUUUUAAGCGAGCACUUGUUUUUUACAACAGUUUCAGCGUCACUCAAAGUCCCACUCGUGGUUGCCAAAAUGUCAUUUCAAGCAUUUGGCUUCCAACCCUGAAGUCUGUUAUCUUGUAAAGAUACAAAAACAACUACUCCAGAUGUGAGCGUGGCCUUGUUUUCUGCUCUCGUAACACUUGGAGCGAUGAAAGCCGCCAUGUUUUUUUUUUGUUUUUGUUUUUUUACUCAAUCAGAACCAUCUUCUAUGACGAAUAGCGGGUCGGACUGGGCUCCUUUGGCAAAAAAAACCACAAAAUGUUCAUUUUUAAUUAAAUUAAGGUAUGUAAAUAUAAAUAUAUGUUGUUUUUUUUGGUUGUUUUUCUCGACUUUACAAUAAUGAAUCGCACUUUGUCAUAACAAAAAACUGUCAUCAUGCAUUGUACUCCCACUAUUGUCUUCAAAUAUUACUUUGAGAACUUCAUUGUAUACACACGACCGCUACCAUAUAAACCCAGUAAGCAUUUUGUUUGAUUAUAUGCAUCUUGAAUAAAUACUGUUGUUUUGUUUUUUCCUUAAGGCAAAGUCUUGUAAAUAAACAGAAAAAAAACAGCUCUCCCAGUCGCUCGCUGAGGCAUUCUGGGAUUGUUGGAUCGCUUUUUUUUUUGUUUGUUUGUUGGCAAAGCACUCUCCGUAUUUUUUAUUUUUAUUGUUUUUGUGAUAUAAUUGACACAAAUGUCGCUUGAGCAGCCGGUUACAACUCCUCAUCAUCAUCAGCAUGCGUCAGUAAGGUGAACAAAAAGCCACACGUUCAACGAAUAAAAUGUGAUUUUAUUCGAAAAAAAAAAAAAAAAAAAAAAAAAGCGGGCAGAAGCCCCGAAUCUGCCUUCACACAGUGGGUACAACGCAACCAGAAUGUACAUUGUGUUAAUGCUAUUUUUUUGGGGUUGUUGAUGUUGUUUUGAAUUGUUAUUGCUUGUCUGUUAUGUUCACUCUUUUCCAGUUUAAAACUCAUACUUUCUUUAUGCAUGAAAUUUGAGUUUGCCACACAUAUAGUCAGUUAUUGGGCAUUGAUACCGUACAUGUAAGAGUUUUUUAUGGUGUUAUGCAAUCUGAAGCAAUUUGUCUUAUUUAGAAGAGGAAUUGGUAAUGACAAAACAACAACAACAACAACACACAGUAUAAUGUUCUUAAGAAGAAGAAAAAACUUCACAUUUGCAAAAAAAAAAAAAACUAAACAACAGACAAAAAAAAAGAGAAGAAGAUGGAAAAUAAUCUCGAUGCAAUGCUGGACAACCUCAAGUGCCUGGACGUGGGCUCAAGGUUUCCAGAGUAGGAACACAGUGAUGACGAAGCUGCAGGGGCUCAUCAACUUCCUGUUUGCAGGUUUUCAAAUUAAAAGCCCCAAAUCCCUCGCUCAGCAGCUCUUUUUUUUAAUCAGUAUUCUUAAAAAAAAAACAACAACAACCAGUUUACAAAUUGUUUUUUUUUGAGUGUAGCGAACAAUUGAGGCUUUUUCGCUGAAUGAGUGCUUUUAUUUUUCCUUCCUCCUCCGUUUGAAAUCAACGAUAUGCAUGUUAAAACAAUUUUUAUAGCAGAUCUUGAAAAAGCCACUCGCUUCGGUGAAUUGUUACUUUGGGGUGUACAUAAAGACUGUUUUUAUUCCCCGUUUGGCGAGGAUAACAAAGAGGGCAUUAUGUUAAAAGCCCUUCUUCCUCAUCUGACAUCAUCGAUGUUGCUCGGAGAACGACCCUGCGUCUGCGACUUUGGCAGACCUAAAAAUUGGUACAUUUUGUAGUUGUUUUUACACUCGGACGAGUUGAUAGCCUACGCGUGGUUUACGUUACUCGUGGUUUUCUACAAAAGGAAAGGGAGGCGUUAACGGCAUCGGCUCCUCGCUCUCCCGCGC